AUGGAAGGAGGACACGACGACAACUAUGGCGGUUCACCACAACAACGACAAAGACGAGACAUCAGUGGUUCCAGAUCUGAAACUACGAUGACGGAUUUAAGUGUUAUCGCCGGUGGUCGGAGGCUGCGACGUGGAGGUGUCGUCGGCGGCGGUUCCAGUGGUGAGGUGGCCGUCGACGGUGGUGGAUGUGGUGGUAUAACAUCCACCAUUUUGCCGUCCUUACCACCGACGACUUUGCUCCGACGACUUACCACCACCGUCUCCUAUGUCGACAGCACCACCGCCACCACCAUCUCCUCCGCCGACUUCUGCUACUGCCAUAAAUCACCACCUCCUUCUCCGAUCCUUGGUGAAUAUCCAUAUCUACAUCAGAUCUUACUAGAUCCACAUCAGAAAUCACCACCAGAUCUACAUCAGAUUUGA